AUGGCCCCGCAGAUAUGUCCCGGCAACCCAACAUGCGAGACCACCGGCCAGCACAACCCGGUCCGUACGGUCCCGACAACGCUCCACCGCCUCCGUCCGAGCCCCCACCGAGGGGACCCAGAGAACGCGAAGACCGUGGUAGAUGUGUUGAGGAUGUUGAUGGCGAGAGGAUGCAAGGUCGACGCCGUCCGCAGCUCGCCGUACGGAAACGAGAUUACGCACGGGCCGAAGAAGAACUGCGAGUGA